AUGGAGGUACUCCAUGAAAUGAUACUGUUUCUGCUGGCCAGUUAUGAAGACUUAGCAGCUGUACUCACAUGGUUCAUUCAUCUAGUGAGUAAAAAUCCUCGUGUCCAAGCAAAAAUCAAAGCCGAACUAGGCGAUAACAAACAUCAACAUCUGUCUGUUGAACAGCUUGACUCUCUUGAGUAUUUAAAUUGUGUUCUUCAAGAAGUAUUACGUUUUGGACCACCUGUCAGUUUCACAGUUCGCAAUGUAACUACCGAUGAUCGACUACCAGUAUGUGGAGCUCAAUUGUAUAAAGGUGAUGAAGUAAUGAUUAAUAUCUAUAAUUUAACUCGAGACAAACGCUAUUGGAAGAUCGAUCCAGAUUUGUUCUAUCCAGAGCGGUUUCAAGGUGAAGACAAAGAUCAUCAUUCGUAUGCAUCUAUUCCCUUUGGUGGUGGUCAUCGACAAUGUAUCGGACAAGAUUUAGCCCGAUUAGCAUUGAAAGCAAUAACGGCUAGACUAAUGCAACAUGUAACUUUCGGUUGUGGUGGUCCCGAAGUCAAUGCAGGUGGGCACAGCUCCAAAAUUACGCUCACUCCAAAGAAUGUUGGUGUCACUAUUACAUUCGACUAA